CCAAGAUACAUUCUUUCUGCGUGCGACCUCCAUUGUAGACAAGGACUGGCCGGCUCUUGUCACCAGCACGUGAGUCGUGACCUCCCACUCGUGGGGCGCCGCGCUGGCUCAGCGGUUAGAUGUCCGCUGGUCACCCAGACAUCAACAAGAGUGAAAGCGAAGUGAUUAAGACUAGAAGACUGUAGCGGAUCCGUUCACCUGUCAACAGCAGGUGUGCAUCAUUCAUACACGGAUGCUUGCACACCUCCAGCUCGGACCACGAUGUAUGAGUAAGGGGGUUUCAAACACUCGUAUAAAAGGUUUUAUGGAGCGGCGACACGUCCAUCACACACUGAUGCAGACAAGAUAGCUGCAGCACCUUCUUCUGUAUCACCGAAAACAGAAAAAUGUGCAUUUGGAAAAAUAAAAAUUAUUACUAUACUGUCUCCUCGAAGAACUUAUUACUAAAAUAUAUUUUACAGACUCAGAGCAUUGUUUCACUAUGCUUUUGGUAAUUCUAAUGGGAAGAAAAUUUACACCAUCACUAGCACUAAGAUUUGUUUGGCAGUCAAUGUUGUAGGGAUUUUACAACUGUACAUAUAAAGACACAUGCAUAAAAAAUACAGAGCAAGCAUCACAGGAGCAGAGACAAACGACUAUAAGAAAGAAACAGUUCACAUGUACAGUAAUCUGAAGAUACACCAAUUUCUCGCAGACUGUUAACUAUGCAAGUCACCAGACCCCUCGACCCGACCUAAAAAGGUCAGGGGACGACCUGUACCCUUCUGGAGGUGCUUAGACACAGGACGUCUGCUUGCAGAAGGACAAGCUGUACUUAUCUGCCUAACCAAUAGGUACACAGGUGUCCACCGUGUCCUUUACAAUCAUACACCGUUAGUGUACUGUUUGACAAGCACGUUGUUUCAUCACGAUUGCUGGUACACGAUUUUUAAUAUACACAUGUUUUGUAUGUUCUGUAUGGCGAUAUCUUUUCCCAUCUCCCCUCCCUCGCUGUCUUACCUUCACCGACCUCUAUGAGGUCAGGUACCUACUCAUCAUAGCUGGGUCGAUGGAGAAAAGCUUGCUGCGAUAAACGGGUAUCGAACAGGCGCUUAUUAUGGUGAAUAUACAAGUGCUCUAACCACAAAGCUAUCCGUUUCCCCAAAUGAGCAUUGUAAAAUGUCCUUUCCCCUCCUCACCAUUAUUGUCAGAUCAUAAAACUACCGCUUAUUCGUUGAUGAUUGGUGUAUUUGUAUUACUGUUUAGUUAGCAUUUUCCUUUAUCAUAAACUACAUGGUACUUACAAUGACACGCCACUCUCAAACACAGCUUUUAAAGAAAAAAGUUCGUUCCUAUGGCAACUUACACGGAAAACAAGUUGAAAACGUGUCCGAACCUUGUUUCUUUGUGGAGUGCUUAAAGGUGGUUUGGCGAAAGGCUUAUCAAAACUGUUUUGAGUUUUUUGUGUGACUCCACCCUAAAUGACCGAAAAAGGCACUCAGCAGAUUACACAAUUAGUCUCAUUUGGUUUCUCGGUCUCUCUAACCUACACUACGGGCGACGGUCGCUUGAUUCCAGACGAACAGCAUAGGUGAACCAUGAUCACCCGUCAAGGGAUGUCACCGAAUGUCAUCCAUCGUACGUCACGACAAUUAAGGCCCGUUUCAAACAUGGCGGUCCAGCUCUUUCUGUGGGCGAUUGUUCUGCUGACGACGAGGUCGAUGCAAGGUUCUGAUGCUACACCAUUAGAUGACUACGUCAACAAGCCAGAUCCCUUCUACACCUGGACAACCUUGAACUGGAAAUACCGGGGGCCGGACUUCACACUCUACGUCAUCAACAUGACGUCACAGAUGUGGAUGUCAGGUGUUGAGAGCAGACAUCCAAUAUGGUGGCACUACCUGUAUGUCGCGGUGCCGGACAGGAUCACACGGCCAGAGGCCGGCCUCUUGUACAUCUCUUAUGGAGGCAAUGGACCAAAUUACAUUCCAGAUGUCGACGAUGAGUUCAUCAGCUUCAUCACACUGAUGGCCGUCAGCACGGGCACAGUGUGCGCUAACCUGAGGCAGGUGCCCAACCAACCCAUCGUCUUCAAUAAUGACCCAAGUAAGACAGAGCGGUCUGAGGACGCCAUCAUAGCCUGGACGUGGUAUCAGUUCAUCUCCCACAAUGCAUCAGCAGAGUGGCUCAUCAGACUUCCAAUGACCAAGGCCGCGGUGAGGGCCAUGGACACCAUAGCUGCCUUCACCAAGCUGCUGAAUCCUUCUGUCGACAUCAACAAGUUUCUGGUCUGCGGGGAGUCGAAGCGCGGGUGGACAACUUGGACAACGGGGGCAGUGGACAAGCGGGUGGUGGCCAUUGUUCCCAUGGUCAUGGACCUCCUGAACUUAGUGCAGAAUCUCCACCAUCACUAUCAGGCACUUGGCGGAUGGACUUUUGCAUUUGACGACUACUACAAAUUGAACAUCACCAUGGAGCUCGACAACCCCAACACUCAACGCAUGGCUGACAUCGUGGAUCCCAUCACCUACAAAGACCGUCUGACCAUGCCCAAGUACAUCAUCACUACAGGCGGCGAUGAGUUUUUUCUCCCUGACGAUUCCUACUAUUACCUGGACCAGAUGCUUGGAGACACCUAUCUCAGAACCAUUCCAAACGCAGAGCACUCCCUGACCUUUCACAGGCCAUCUCUGUUUCUCGGGGUGCGAGCCUUCUACCUCAGUGUUCUGGAUGCGUUUCCUCGACCAAAGAUCACAUGGACGAAGAAUUUCACGACGACAGGGGGCGUUCUGAACAUGUUCACAGACACAAAACCCGUGGAAGUCAACGUAUACUUCGCAAAGACUCUGGACGGUCGAAGGAGGGAUUUCCGCCUAGCUGUGGCAGACCCAAACAACCCAGACUCUUUCUUACCUCACCCUGUGGUGUGGCAUAAAACAACAGCAGAAGUAAAGAGCGAAAAUCAGUAUACUGCCACCUUCAGCAACCCUGAGACAGGCUGGUUGGUUUUUCACAUUCAGGCCUUUUUCACGGGUCCGGACGAGAGUUACUUCGAGUUCACCACCGAGAACAUGAUCAUUCCUGAUCGUCUGCCUUUCCCCAGAUGUCAAGGGGCCGAGUGUUACGGGACCCUGGUGUAAUACACUGUAGUCAACAUGACAAAUGUGGCAAAUAUCACAGAUGUACUUGAUGGAAGAUUUCAGGUAUGAACAGGUCAUGUACAAGCGCGAGAAGAAAAUUCAAAACGCCAAGAAAAUUCAGGCUGAAGAUCAUUAAAAAUACCUUGAUCCCUGGAACUGCAAUAAAUACAAUGUUACCGGAAGGCGAUGAUAUCCAAAUGUAUAAAGAAUUCAUAUCACAAGCCAGCCAACAGAUGUCAUUUUACUCUGUACACAGCAACCAUUGUACAAUUAAAGGUACUAUGUCAAGAUCUAGCCAUGAAAAUAAAUUAUAUAUAUAUCAGACAUAAGCAUUGUAAAUAACUAAGUUUAUUUCAAGCUUGAAGGCAAAUGGCUUAAAGACUUAGAUUGCAAUUCACUGUAACUGGUUGCUAUGGCACAUGAAGUUGUAUAAGAGACGAUGACAACUUUGACAAGUAAUAGCAAACAUAAAUUAUAUAUAUAUAUAAUAAUUAACUUUUUUUUCCUUAUGCACAAUAGUUUGUUCGUGGUUCUGCAAUGAAAGUACAUUAAUAAUAAUGAUAAUGGCUAUUUAUAGCAGACACAAACGUCCUCCUAAUGGAGGAGUUCAUGGCAUUUACAAAAUGUCUACACACAUGCUACACUAAUGCACAAGCACAUAAAAUCUCAUACAUCAUCAUCAUUAUUAUCAUCAUCUACUUAAUAUACAUUUCAAAAGCUUAUAAAUUUACUGAAAUCUGGGGUAGUCCAACCCCACCCCUGUUUCUGACGAUAAAUAAUUCGUGUCCAGCGGCCUUCUGAUCCCUUUCACACCCACAGUUUCGGGUACACCAGCCGUCCUGUCCCUCCCGCUUGUCAGGCCUCCAUGGCAACAUGAUCUUGUUUUCUUUCACUCAUCAUUAAAGGAAGUAAAGACCUUGCCAUACUUACAUUCCAUUAUCAAGCGAAUCCAUUGGCGCUUAUCGUGUCACAAAGGAUUACCUAAGCUUCAUUUGUUUGCUAUUCUUUUUGCCAAGUGGAUAGUGCAAGAUGUCAGGUCAAGCACCGGACAAUCAGGUGGUCAAAUGAGACGGGAGGUAAGGCAGAUAUUCCACUUCAGCGCCUGGAAGCGUCUCUGUAGGGCGCUGCUUGCUGCCCUUGGAUGUUGUCUCUCCUGUCCAGAUCCCUAUUCUCAAAGUGAUAUAUGUUCGUAUGCAUUAAAAAAGAAAAAAAAAA